CGGCACAUGUCGCAGUGUGGCAGUGCCAAUGCUCAGCGUCAGUGCCGGGUCCCGGAGUGGGGCCGUGUGGACCCCUUUUCAUCUGCCAGCAGCAGCAGCAGCAACAGCCAGGCACAGCAAGGCCUUUCAAAGUUGGUUCAGAUCCCAGGCCGUCCAAGGCGCGUCCCCCAGCCAAGCCCGUCUGUCUGUGCUUGGGGAAAUACUGGAGUUCAGACGAGAGGCCGACCACAAGAAAGACAACCCACCUGUGACCUGAAGAACCUGGCAAGCCUGGGAAAGAGACAAGAAAAAAAGGAGAAACAGGGGGAAUGCGGCCCAGCCUCAGCCCAGCCCACCACCUCCACGUAAGCCCUGCAACUCACCAGCUUGUUUACGUAUCUGUCGUAAUACACAGGCAUUUCCUAUGAUCGGAUUGCCAAGUACCAAGUCUCUGUGAUUAUACAUAAAGAAAACUCUCGCUUCUGACAGGAUACACUUUUGGCCCUCUCUUUCUUGUGUUUACUCACUCGCUCUCACCAAAACCACCACACCCAGUCUGUCGCUAUUGAUACAAAACCCAAACAACAACUUCACCAUGGCCCCCGUCCCUCCAACAACGGCCAGGCAGAGCCUCGCUCGCGCCGGUGCCAUCGCAAACCAAGUCUGGAAGAGAGCCGCCGUCGUCGUCCUCCCCGAAGUCGCCCGCGCAACAACCAAGCACGCCCUCGCCCGCCGUGAUCUCACCGUCAACCACACCCAGGCCGUCACCCUGGGCGUCAUCGGCGCCUACGCCGUCAUCAUCGCCAUCCUCUGGAACGUCCCCUUCUUGCGCCAGGUCCUCUGGCCUUUCAAGAUGCUCGUCAUCGCCUUUCACGAAUUCGGUCACGCCAUCACCGCUUGCUGUACCGGCGGCAAGGUCCUCUCCAUCACCCUCGACCCCAACGAGGGCGGCGCCACGCUCAUGAAGGGCGGCAAGCAGGCCAUCACCCUCCCCGCGGGCUAUCUCGGUUCAUCGCUCAUCGGCGGGCUGCUCAUCUUUUGCGGCUUCAACAUCAACGCGUCCAAGGUUGCCUCCAUGGUUCUGGGCGUAUGCUUCUUGUUGACUCUUUGGUGGGGAAAGCGGGACUGGCUCACGAUCCUCACGGUUCUCCUCGCUGUCGGUCUGCUCGUCGCGGCCUGGUUCAUCUCUCACGCUCAGGCUCUCAGAUUCGUCGUUCUCUUCAUUGGAGUCAUGAGUUCACUCUACUCCGUUUGGGAUAUCUGCGACGACCUCAUCAUGCGCAAGGUCAACAGCUCCGAUGCAAGCGUCUUUGCUCAACGCUACGGCGGAUCUUCUCGCUGCUGGGGUCUCAUUUGGUCCUUCAUCAGCGUCGCCUUCAUGGCUGUCGCCAUCGUCGCAGGUCUCGCCGCCUUCCCUCAAUCAUUCUCCGAGCAAGAGAGUGACUCCAAGAACUUUUUGCCCACAAGAUGAGAAACUAGAUCGGGAGUAUGGUAAUACUUUUUUGGACUUUCUCAUUGUUUGGAGGCCAGGAUCGCAUGGUUUCCGAAGGCUCAUGUUGAGGCGUCCCUCUGCUACGAAUUACGACUGUAACGAACGAUAUCCACUAGACGCGCGACGCGUUAUACCGACGAAGCUGACUAUUUUUUUUUUUUCUUCCCUUCGACGAUCUGUCGGCGACUCCGAUUGCGCCCCGCGGGAUGCGUCGUGGGCAGACGUAAUGGCAUUCGCCCACAUCCCGGUUUUUAGGUGGAUACGUGUCGACGAUUGCUAUUGAGAACCGACCGUUCUUGGCGGCUUACAUAGCAUUGGCAACGACAACUCUUGGAACAGGGCUAUCAGUCAUAUGUGGUAAUGCCUUUUCACGACGACGGUUCAAGGCGUACUGGCGUUUUGACCGGUGGGAGAUGGUGAUGAUACGGAACUUCACAUUGUGCUGUUCCACGGCAGGUCGAUUCUUAGGAUGGCGCCAGCAGCGGCAGCACAGACUGGAAACAUGUCUAUCAAUGCUGACGCACGUCUUCCAUGUAGCAAUGUAAUGUGUUGUACAACAAGACCUUGACAGUCGAUGAA